AUGCGUUUCAUCUAUUUAUUCUUCUUCGUCUUCCAACUGAGCAAUAUUCAAACAACCGCAGCGCAAACGGAUCAAACAGAACCAUUGGAUUUAUCAAUAUCAAAAGAAAAAAGAGAUGCAUUACAAGGCUUAUCAAUGGAAAGAAAGGAUGAAGAGGAAAUUGAACUGCAAUUGCUUCAAACAAAACCAUUGGAUUUAACCGCUUCAAAAGUCAGUGAUGAACGAAUUCCAAUCGAAACAGUCAUGAAAGUAAUGGAACUAUCAAAGGAAGAAAGAAGGGCGGGAAGGAAACAGCAUUGCAAUAUAUGUCAAAAGGAAGUAACACAUAUGAAAGGACAUUUGAUAACUCAUACCGGUGAGAAGCCGUGCAGUUGUCCGAUAUGCAAAAAGAAUUUCACUGACUCCAGUAAUAUGAAUAAACAUAUGAUGAUUCAUACCGGUGAAAAGCUGUACAGUUGCCCGACAUGCAAAAAGAAUUUCACUGACUCCUACAAUAUAAAUAGACAUAUGAUGACUCAUACCCGUGAGAAGCCGUACAGUUGUUCAUUAUGUAAGAAGAAUUUUACUCAGUUCAGUUAUAUGAAAAAGCAUAUGAUGUUUCAUGCCAAUGAGAAGCCGUACAGUUGUUCAAUAUGCAAAAAGAAUUUCACUCAGUUCGUGGAUAUGAAAAGACAUAUGAUGAUUCAUACCGGUGAAAAGCCGUACAGUUGUCCGAUAUGCAGGAAAAGUUUCACUGAACCCGGUAAUAUGAAAAAACAUAUGAUGAUUCAUACCGGUGAAAAGCCGUACAGUUGUCCAACAUGCAGGAAAAGUUUCACACAUAAACACCAUUUGCAGUCUCACAUGGGAACUCAUGAUGUGAAUAGACCUGUCUAUCACUGUACUGUAGCGCAAACGGAUCAAACAGAACCGUUGGAUUUAUCAAUAUCAAAAGUGAAAGUGAAGGGGGAUGGAUUACAAGGCUUAUCAAUGGAAAGAAAGGGUGAAGAAGAGAUUGGAUUACAAGUGCUUCAAACAAAGCCCUUGGAUUUAACCGCUUCAAAAGUCAGUGAUGAACGAAUACCAAUCGAAACAGUCAUGAAAGUAAUGAAAAUAUCAAAGCAGGAAAGUAGAACGAAAAAGAAGCAACGCCACGAUGUACACCAAAAGCAAGAACAUACGAUGACUCAUACCGAUGAGAAGCCGUACAGUUGUCCGACAUGCAAAAAGAACUUUACUCAGUUCAGUAAUAUGAAUAAACAUAUGAUGUUUCAUGCCAAUGAGAAGCCGUACAGUUGUUCAAUAUGCAAAAAGAAUUUCACUCAGUUCGGGGAUAUGAAAAGACAUAUGAUGAUUCAUACCGGUGAAAAGCCGUACAGUUGUCCGAUAUGCAGGAAAAGUUUCACUGAACCCGGUAAUAUGAAAAAACAUAUAAUGAUUCAUACCGGUGAAAAGCCGUACAGUUGUCCGAUAUGCGGAAAAAGUUACACUCGAAGAUACACUUUGCAGUCUCACAUGGUAACUCAUGACAUGGAUAGACCUGUUUACCACUGUACUGUAGCGCAAACGGAUCAAACAGAACCGUUGGAUUUAUCAGUAUCAAAAGUGAAAGUGAAGGGGGAUGGAUUACAAGGCUUAUCAAUGGAAAGAAAGGGUGAAGAAGAAAUUGGAUUGCAAGUGUUGCAAACAAAGCUCUUGGAUUUAUCGGCUCCAAAAGCAAAAAAGGAAGGAAAUAGGGCACAAAGUUUAUCAGUGGAGGGAGUGAGUGAUGAACGAAUAAAACCACUGUUACGGCUCGUUCCAAUCGAAACAGUAGUGAAACUAUCAAGGCAAGAAGGAAGGGCGAGAACGAAGAAGCGUUGUGAUAUAUGUCGAAAGGAAGUAUCAAACAUGAAAGAACAUAUGAUGACUCAUACAGGUGAGAAGCCGUACAGCUGUUCAAUAUGCAGAAAGAAUUUCGCUCAGUUGUGGAAUUUAAAAAGACAUAUGAUGACUCAUACCGGUGAGAAGCCGUACAGUUGUUCAAUAUGCAAAAAGAAUUUCACUAACACCGCUAGUAUGAAGCAGCACAUGAUAACUCAUACCGGUGAGAAGCCGUACAGUUGUUCAAUAUGCAAGAAGAAUUUCGCUCAGUCCGGGGAUAUGAAAAAACAUAUGAUGACUCAUACCGGCGAAAAGCCGUACAGUUGCCCGACAUGCAAAAAAAAAUUCACUGACUCCAGUAAUAUGAAAAAACAUAUGAUGACUCAUACCGGUGAGAAGCCGUACAGUUGUUCAAUAUGCAAGAAGAAUUUCGCUCAGUCCGGGGAUAUGAAAAAACAUAUGAUGACUCAUACCGGCGAAAAGCCGUACAGUUGCCCGACAUGCAAAAAAAAAUUCACUGACUCCAGUAAUAUGAAAAAACAUAUGUAUGACUCAUACCCGUGA